AUGGCCGUGGCCUGGCUAAUCUCUCGGCUGUUUUUGCUAUCUCUAACAGUACAUCACGCGAAUUCCAUAACCGAAACAGAAUCAUUACUAAAAUUCAAGCAGUCAUUAACCAACACAAAGCCACUCGACGAUUCUUGGACACCAGAUUCACAACCUUGCGGAGAAACAACAACACAGCGAUGGAUCGGAAUCCUCUGCAACAAGAACUCCGUCUUCGGUCUCCAAAUCGAACAAAUGAAUCUCUCAGGCAACAUCGACGUCACACCUUUAACGGACCUAUCCGGUUUACGAACCAUAAGCAUAAUGAACAACUCUUUCUCCGGCAUCAUCCCCGAGUUUAACCGGUUAACCGCUCUGAGAUCGAUUUACUUAUCCGGAAACCGGUUCUCUGGCAAGAUCCCGUCUGAUUAUUUCUCGACGAUGGUGUGGCUGAAGAAAGCGUGGCUCUCAAACAACGAGUUCUCUGGCCUCAUUCCCGUCUCUUUAGCCACUACAUUGCCUAAUCUCAUGGAGCUACGACUCGAGAACAACCGGUUUAUCGGGAUUAUACCGAACUUCACGCAGCGGACUUUGGUUGACGUCGAUUUAUCGAACAAUCGGUUAACCGGAGAAAUACCUCCGGACUUGGAGAAAUUCGACGUGAAGAAAUUCGCGGGAAAUCCUGACCUUUGCGGUGCGAAAAUGGGAAUUAUCUGCACGAAGCCAACGAAAGCUUCGAUUGCGAUCGAAGGACCAAUGAAAGAUGCGAAUAACAGCAAAUACUAUAUAGCGUUUGGUACAUUAGGAGUCCUUUUCAUCGUCAUCAUCAUCUCUUUGGUUUUCAAGAAAAAGAAAAAGAAGAAACAGAAGAAGACGUCACGUCGUUCUAGUGAACAAGACAGUAACGACGACCAACAAAUUCAGAUAACUGUUGACGGAUCAAGAAGUGGUGGCUCGGGGAAGAGCAAGAAGAGUCGUUCCGGUGAGCUGUCGGAUAAAUCACCGGGGGUGUCAGGGACGACGGAUUUAGUAAUGGUGAACAAAGAAAAAGGUGUAUUCUGUUUAUCUGAUCUGAUGAAAGCGGCUGCUCACGUGUUGGGAAACUCCGGCGGUGGAAACAGCCGACCUAGCAGCAGCGGAGGAGUCGGUUCCGCGUACAAGGCGGUGAUAGCGAGCGGUGUCGCGGUGGUUGUAAAACGUGUGACGGUGAUGAACCAAGUGAGUGUUGACGUAUUCGACAAGGAAGUUAGGAAACUCGGAAGUUUACGACAUAAGAACAUAUUGACUCCUCUCGCUUACCAUUUCCGGCGAGACGAGAAGUUGCUUGUGUUCGAGUUUGUGCCUAAUCUGAGUUUGCUUCACCGGUUACAUAGCGAUCACGGUGAGGAGUCUCAGUUAGAUUGGCCUUCUAGGUUUAAAAUCAUUCAAGGGAUCGCUAGAGGGAUGUUGUAUCUCCAUAGAGAGUUAGAGUUUUUGAGUCUUCCUCACGGAAACUUGAAAACGAGUAAUAUCUUUCUCGGCGACGACGGCGAGCCUCUGGUCUCCGAGUUCGGACUCCAAAGACUGAUCAAUCCCGACGCUCAGUUUCAAUCUCUCGUCGCGUAUAAGUCUCCCGAAGCAGAACGCGACGGAAGCGUAUCUGCCAAGUCAGACGUGUUCUGCUUCGGAGUCGUGGUGUUAGAGAUUCUAACGGGGAAGUAUCCGUCGCAGUACGCCGGUUUGGAUAGAGCCGGCGGGGCAAAUUUGGUGGAGUGGAUUGGCUCCGCCGUGGAACAAGGUGGUUGGAUGGAUUUGCUUCAUCCGACGGUUGUUUCCGCCGCGGCGGAUGAUAAAACAUCGUCGGAUGAGAUUGAGAACGUUUUGCGGAUCGGUGUGAGAUGCACCGGAGAAGAUCCAGAUCGGAGACCGAGUAUGAAUGAAGUCAUCGACGAACUAACGUUAGAAGAUUCUUCAAACGAUGACUUCAUCACUAUAGAAACUUAG